UUUACUACGCUCUACGUCCUUCAGUUUGCUCUUCCGAUCACACUCACUCUUCCACUUUUUGCUGAAUUUUGAACACCAAACAAUGGCAGAUUCCGAGGCCAAAGGUCAUGCUUUGAUGGCCGAAGCACGAGCAAAGCUUCAAAAGCCAUCGGGACUUCUGUCGUUCUUUUUUGGUGGUUCGUCCAAAGUGGAGGAUGCGGUGGAAUGUUACCAGCGGGCAGGAAACAUGUUCAAGAUGGCAAAGAAAUGGAACGAGGCUGGAAAAGCUUUUUGCGAGGCAGCCAGCCUGCACGCUAAGGCAGACAGCAAGCAUGACGCGGCCACCAAUUACGUAGAUGCAGCCAAUUGUUUCAAGAAGUCCGAUGCCAAUGAGGCGGUCAGCUGUCUGUUAAAGGCCAUUGAAAUUUACACAGACAUGGGCAGAUUCACCAUGGCUGCUCGGCAUCACCAGUCCAUCGCUGAAAUUUAUGAAACAGAGGCACCUGACCUUGAAGCUGCUACUUCGCAUUAUGAAAAAGCAGCCGAUUAUUUCAGAGGCGAGGAGUCCAAUUCUUCUGCCAAUAAAUGCAUCCUGAAAGUUGCCCAACACGCAGCUCAGUUAGCUGAUUACGAAAAAGCCAUUUCAAUUUACGAGCAAGUUGCCGCCACCUCGCUAGAGAGCUCCCUCCUCAAGUAUUCCGCGAAAGAGUACUUCUUCAGGGCUGGUCUGUGCCACCUCUGUGUUGACAUGCUGAACGCCCAGCUUGCACUGGACCGAUACAUCCAGCAGUAUCCAGCUUUCCAAGACGCGAGGGAAUACAAACUUCUUAAGGUGCUAAUGGAGCAUAUGGAGGAGCAAAACGUUGAUGGAUUCACAGAAGCUGUUAAGGAUUACGACACAGUCUCUAGGUUCGAUCAGUGGUACACCACCAUCCUCUUAAGAAUCAAGAAGUCGGUGCAAGACAAUCCCGACUUGUGCUAAUCCCGCAACAUUCCUUGGCUUACUCAUUUUUUAUUUUUGUUGUAAAUAUAAUUAAGAUUUUCUCUCGAUCGUAUUGAGAAAAAAGUAAACUCUUAAGAAUUUCCAUAACUAUUCCUAUCACUUUUGGUUGCAGUUCUCUUGGUGUACAUAAUGAGAUCAAAGGCAAAAAUAUAUCACAUAAAGCAAACCAAAUUGUAAAACUAUGUUAGUAAAAAAUGGUUGGAAGUAUAACUGAGAGCGCGCAAGAGCAUCGAGUCAAUUUUGCUCAGGAUGGGCAAUUGAAAAUAUCUAUACCCCUAAGUUAUGUUUGGAAAAUAAAAAAUACAAGUUAUGACGUAACAUA